CCCAAUCCAAUCCAAUCCCAUUGCAAGCUUAAUCGGAAUAAUAAUUGAUCAUCAUCCUCCAUAUUGCCAUUAGGCAAUUUACAUUGGAAGUUGUACCUGUUGAGUUCAGGAAGAAGAUGAAGAGGAGAUUUUAAUGCCAUCUACUAAUACAGCACCGCCACUCAGACUCUGCAGUCACAAGGAUAUAAAAGAGUAGACGUAGUAAAAUUAGGGGAAGUUAAUAAUAGUGGGGCGGGGCCCGACCUACUAAAGUAAAUGUUAUUUCCGAGUUGUGGUCGAUAGCCAGCGAAGGAGGAAAGCUGCAUAAUUGAAUGUCGAUGGCGGUGGCGUCAGAGGCGAGCCUGCUCACAGCUGUCCGAUUGGAGAGUUGGAAGUCCAACGGUGGUGUUCCUGCUCCUCCUCGUCUUUCACUCACUAAGCCCACUUGGAUCAUCAGAACUGAGUCAAAUGUUCGGCGAGAGAGAGUGAAGAAGCCUGAUCCACCGUGUGUUGUCUGCCAGGGAAGCGGAAGAGUUGAUUGCCAAUAUUGUUAUGGAAGAGGAAGGACAAAUCAUGUGCAUCUAGAGAUGCUUCCCAAAGGAGAAUGGCCAAAAUGGUGCAGGACUUGUGGUGGCAGUGGCCUCAGCUACUGCUCCCGAUGCCUUGGAACUGGGGAAUACAGGUAUAUAAUGGGCUUCCAUUUCAUGAAGAGAGAUAAUCACACCCAAGAUAACAAGUAUCAGAUUCAAGGUGACCAUGGUUCGCAGAGUGCAGCAGACCGACUGCUUCAUCGUGAGCAGAGCAAUUCAGAUGAUGAGAUAGAAAGAGCUGGUGGAAACAUGGAUAUAAUGGCAUGAUGAGACUUCCGUACUGAAUUUCUCAUACCGAAGAUUAUGAUGCAAUGAGAUUGCGGCCUCUAGGCAGUAAACCUGGUGUGUAGUAAAGACUGUUCCCUCCUCUGCUUACCUUUCUCCGUCCGUCUCUUUAACUGUUGCAUCCAAAGGAGAAUUAUUUCGCUUUUUAGGGUUUUGGUUUGGAGCUGGACAUCAGGAAGCAAUGGGAAGUCUUGCAAAGUUAAAGACCAAAGUGAGGCUACAAUGAAAUGAGCCACAUGAGUAGGCCGGUUGGAGGAAAGAAUUAGUGACGAGACAGUAGCUUUUAGUACAAUAAACGAAGACCAAACCUGGGUUUUGGUUUCUGCAUCACCAUGUCACCGACUGAGAAAGGGCAGGGAACGGGCGGAAAAUCCUGUAUAUGCCUAGGUCUCAGUCUGAGACUUACAUAUAAAACGAAUCAAUGUUGAUAGAAAAUCUUAAGUUACGUUGGAUGACACUUGAGCAGUUUGUUUCUUCAUCUUUUACUUCUCGACAAGUUUCUAACAAAAAUAAAUGCAUUUUACAUUUUUAUCCA